AUGGACGGGGGUCCAGGGCCUACAGCCUCCAAAGUCCCGGAGCAUCGCCAACGCCCCCAAGCGUUACAAGUUGAUCAAGUACCAGAUACGAGGGCUCGAAGAUGCCCCGGCGGUCUCUGUUGGCUGAUCGUGAGGUUUCCUUGCCUGGCGGUGGUCGUCUUCAGCCAAACCAGGACUUUUAUAAGACCGGCUGGCGCGUCUCAUAGAUAUUCCUCUCGCAUUCCAACAAAGACCGUCCGGUCUGCAUAUCAAUCCCACAUGCACUUUGCAACAGAGACGCAGCUCGUGGCCAAAGAUGACUCGUCAAUCCCGCGACUUGGAGGAUGCGACCUCGCUCUUCGCGAACGACGGCAAACUGUUCAAAAGAGGAUGUUCGUCCGUCAUUUGCUUGAAGCCCACGCCGUCGACCAUUUCUGCUAUUCGAUCUUGCUGGCGCGCUCUGACGUUGGCGUGGAGUCUGCAGCGUCUAUCCUAUCCAGAGCCAACACGCUUGAGCUGCUGGUGAAUUCUCGAUUAGGAUGCCAUUCCGCUGCUGUCGAUAUGCUGAUUGUUCUCUGGUUGUUGCUGUUCAUGCUGCACCGUCGCAACUAG